AUGAGUAAUUUGGAGAAAAGGGACGCACACAAAGACCAGAACAAGAAUCAAAUUCAGGACCAUGAUUCAGGAUUAGGGGCCAAAAUCAGUGACACAUCUCAACAACAUGUGAACACUGAAGAAGUUGGAAACGAAAAAGAACAUCCAUCUGAUGAUGGGCUGAAGAAGCAUGGUUUUGACAUUAAAUGUGAUGUGUAUGCUAAUGAUGAUCAAAUGCUCACUUGCAAAAUAUGUCAUAACAAUAGUGAUAAGGACUUAUUCAUAUCAACUAUCUAUGCUAAAUCCAGGUCUGCAGGCAGAGUCCAGUUAUGGGAACAUAUGAGGGCUUUUGCAUAUGCUAUUAAUCACCCCUGGAUGAUGUGUGGAGACUUUAAUUGUAUAGUGAGCCCAGAGGAGAAAUAUGGGGGAACACCACACAAACUCAGCAAAAGCUUAGACUUCAUUGAAUGUAUUACGGAUUGUGGGCUUGCUGAUAUGGGCCACAGUGGAAAUACAUUUACUUGGUGCAAUGAAAGAAAAGAGGAGGAGAUCAUAUGGAAAAGAUUGGACAAAAUGAUUGCCAAUGAUGAAAUAGGGGCCAUGUUCCCCUCUAUCUCAGUCCAACACCUUGCUAGAGUGAGCUCAGACCACUGUCCAUUACUUAUAAAUCUUCAAGAUCAGAAUGUCAACAAUAUUAAGUAUUUCAAGUUCCUAAACUUUUGGACUGAGAAGGAUGAUUUUCAGGAUUUAGUAAAGGAACACUGGAAUCAACGGAUUGAUGGGAAUAUCUUUUGGAUAAUUCAGCAAAAAAUGAAAAGAGUAAGCAAGGCCUUGAGUGAUUGGUCAAGGAAUAAAAUUGGAGACAUUUUUAUCAAAACAAGCCAACUGGAGGAAUAUGUUUCAGAUUUAGAAGAGAUUUACAGGAGAUCUUUGGCUCAAGAUGAUAGAAUGACUUUGAAUAAAACAAAGGCUGAUCUGGUCCUGCAUCUCAAAACAGUUGAUGCUUAUUGGAUACAAAAAGCUCAUCUCAAGUGGAAAUUAGAGGGUGAUGAAAACACUAAAUAUUUUCACUCUGUGGUUAGAGGAAGAAGACAUCACAUGAAAAUUCAUAGAAUUCAAAAUGGUGAUGAUUGGCUAGAUGAAGAGGAUCACAUUGCCAAUGCUGCUGUGGAGUUCUACCAAGACCUCUUCUCUCAAAGUCAUGCUUAUAUUGAUUUGAGUAAGUGUUGGGAUAUAGUUGAUAAAGAUAUGAUCAACAUGGUGAGAGUUGUUCUUAAAGGGCAUCCAAUGCCUAAGUAUUUCACCAGGACCUGUCUAGUUCUAAUUCCAAAGGUCCAGCACCCCCAAGAGUUCUCUGAAUACAGACCUAUCAGCUUAAGUAAUGUUACUCAUAAGAUUGUGUCAAAAGUUUUGAAUAACAGGCUAUCUAAGGUCCUCCUUAAUAUAAUAUCUCAGAAUCAUAGUGGGUUCAUGAAUAAUAGGGCUAUGGGGGAGAAUGUUCUUUUAGCACAAGAAAUUGUUCAUGAAAUCAGGAAGCCUAACAAAGGAGGAAAUGUUGUGAUAAAGCUUGACAUGAAUAAGGCUUAUGACAGAAUUUCAUGGAACUUUAUCUGUGCAGUUAUGAGGAAAAUGGGAUUUAGUUGUAUUCUGUUAUCACAAAUGGAAAAAGAAAUGGUUUUUUCAAGUCUCAAAGUGGUGUUAAGCAAGUGUGAUGGUAAAUACAAGUAUCAUUGGUCUGCUUGGUCUAACUUUUGCUUGCCCACAAAUGAAGGAGAACCUCCAAGUCAUUAUGGACUGAAUUCAUCAGGGCCAAGUAUUCAAUUAGACUACAUCCAGUGGCAAGGAAGUGGAACUAUACACGUUCUCACACUUGGAAGAGGCUAA